GCGAGGGCCCCGUGAGUCCCAGCGCACUGAAGCUGCCUUUGUUUGACUGGGAACCAGAGAGAGAAAGAGAGAGAGAGGGAGCGGGCAAGAGAGAGGAGGAGGAGAGUGAGAGGAUUUUAGUUUGGAGGAAGUCGGGGAGAGAGAGGCAGAGUGGGCUCCAUCUCUCUCGCUCUGCUGUCACUCUCACACAUGAACAGGGCAAGUUUAGGUUGGAUCUGAGCUCACCAUCGCUGAAGAUGUCUUCACGCAUUCCUCCCUGGUCCUUUGGAUUAUUUCUCCUAGUCCUUCGGUUCUGCUGCCAUCACUCCUCUGCCUAUCAGCUGCUGGACGACCGUGGUUCUCAGGGAGCCUUGGACCUUACAGAGUUGAUCGGUGUUCCCCUUCCCCCCUCUGUCUCCUUUGUUACGGGUUUUGAGGGUUACCCUGCCUACAGCUUUGGACCGGACGCCAAUGUGGGCCGCCUCACAAAGUCAUUCAUCCCCGACCCAUUCUACUACGACUUUGCUGUCACGGUCAUAGCUAAACCCACCACACGGCGUGGUGGUGUGUUGUUCGCCAUUACAGAUGCUUAUCAAAAAAUUGUACACUUUGGUAUAGCUUUGUCAGAAGUGGAGGAUGGUUCCCAGAGGGUUGUAGUGUACUACACUGACCCAGGAACGACAGGUGGGACCCAGGAAGCUGCUUCCUUCAAAAUGGGAGACCUGACUGGAAGAUGGGCGAGGUUUACCCUGACGGUACAGGGGGCAGAGGUGCGUCUCUACAUGGACUGUGAGGAAUAUCACAGAGUUGCCUUCACCAGGAGUCCUCAGCCUCUGACCUUUGAGGCCAGCUCAGGGAUCUUUGUAGGAAACGCUGGGGGUACAGGCCUGGCGAGGUUUGUGGGUUCCAUCCAGCAGCUGGUGCUGAAGUCAGAUCCCACGGCCCCAGAUGACCAGUGUGAGGAGGAUGAUCCUUAUGCCUCUGGAUACGGGAGUGGAGACGAUGAUUAUGAGGAUGUUAAAGAAAGAGACGAAGUGAAGAAGAUUGUGGAGGAGAGAGAGUUUACCAUGCCGCUCCCAGAGCUCGACCCCACUUACAGCACCCCGGUCCCUGCUCCACCCACUGAGCUGUCAACAGUCAGCGAUGAUGAGGAUGAAGACAUCGAGGAGACUUCUGGACAGGAGGAGGAGAUGACCACAGUUGGAGCACGAUCAACUCAGACAGCUACUCAAGCCUCCAUACUGGACACUUCCCUCCAGGUGUCUGUUGGGCAGAAAGGGGAGCGUGGGGAGCCAGGUCCAGCCGGUCCCCCAGGACCCCCUGGCCCUCCGGGACGAGCCUCUGGAGAGGGAGAGGGAGAGGGAGGGGAGCCGGGACCACGCGGCCCACAAGGGCCACAGGGACCUUCAGGCCCACCUGGAGCACCUGGGAAAGAUGGACAGCCUGGGAGCAAAGGUGAAAGUGGUGUGCCAGGAGCUACUGGGAUUCCAGGAUUCCCAGGACUUCAGGGCGAGCCCGGUCUUAAGGGAGAAAAGGGUGAUGCUGGUGUUGGAUUACCAGGUCCUCCAGGGCCUCCUGGACCUCCUGGCCGAGCAAGCAAGUCUUCUGUGUUCCAGGAGGGGUCAGGAUUUGAAGACUUUGACAGUGAUGCAGAAAUUAUUAGGGGGCCUCCAGGGCCUCCUGGCCCCCCAGGACGGCCAGGGCCCCCAGGAACCCCAUCAACAGACAUCUUUCCCGGACCACCUGGGGCCCCUGGGAAAGACGGCAAGGACGGAGAGAAGGGUGAACCUGGGAUCCCUGGAGUUGAUGGAAAAGAUGGCGAUCCAGGGCCUGUUGGGGAGAAGGGAGACAAGGGAGAACCUGGUGUUAGUGGGCAGCCAGGACCAAAGGGAGACCAGGGCCCUCCAGGGUUCCCAGGGCUUCCAGGGUCAGAGGGUUCACAAGGGCAGCCAGGUCCCAGGGGUCCACCUGGCCCUCCUGGGCCCCCAGGACCCUUUGGAAGAGGCUUCGCCUUGGACUUUGAGGACUUGGAAGGAUCUGCACUGCAGACUGAUUUGGGCAAUGUGCUCUCCAGAGGCCCACAGGGUCCUCAAGGAAUCCCUGGACUUCCAGGACCCAAGGGUGAAGAUGGUUUAGACGGCUCUCCGGGAAAGUCAGGGCAAAAGGGGGAGAAAGGCGCUACAGGACCACCAGGGUUUCCAGGACUGGAGGGGCUAAAAGGGGAGGAGGGACCGAAGGGGGACAAAGGUGAUCCAGGACAAAAGGGUGAGGUGGGACGUGACGGACUCAGUAUUCCUGGCCCUCCAGGACCACCUGGACCCCCAGGACCCAUUAUCAACCUCCAGGAUCUUCUACUUAACGACACAGAUGGUGCCUUCAACUUCUCAGGGAUUUUUGAAGCUCAGGGACCUGCUGGACCACAGGGUUCAAAGGGGGACAUUGGGUUGCCAGGUGUUCAGGGACCUCCGGGACUGAAAGGUGAAAAGGGUGAACCAGGAUUUGUCAUUGCGGCGGAUGGAUCGAUGUUGUCAGGAGGACCCAAAGGAGUCAAGGGGGAUCAUGGUGUACCUGGACCCCCGGGAAUUCUAGGACCUAUGGGACCCCCAGGACCAAAAGGAGAGUUUGGUUUUCCUGGAAGACCUGGUCGUCCAGGCCUGGUGGGACCAAAAGGAGAGAGAGGGGACUCUGUGGGGCUGCCGGGACCUCCUGGCCCUCCUGGGCUGCCGGGCCGUCCAGGAAUGUUUAACUGCCCCAAAGGAACAGUGUUCCCCAUCCCUCUCAGACCCCACUGCAAAAUGGCAAACUGUUCAAGGUUUACCCCAACAUAUUCCUGCAUGCUGCAUGUCCAGUCUGGAAAGGUGAAGGCUCAGUGCCAAAAACUAAAUAAGCUUAAUCCCAAUGGAACCAUUGCAGUUGGUAACUGUCAGACAGGAGUGAAAGGAGAAAAGGGAGAGAGGGGCCUUCCUGGGAUUCCAGCUCCACCAAUUACAUAUCUUCCCAGGGGAGGCUGGGGGGCCAGAGGUGACCAGGGUAUCAAAGGGGAGAAGGGAGACAAGGGGGAGGCUGGUAUGCCAGGGCUACCAGGUAUCCCUGGGAGACAAGGGCUGGUGGGACCCAAAGGACAGUCAGUGCUUGGUCCUCGAGGCCCCCCUGGAGUGCCAGGUUCACCAGGUAUCCCAGGCUAUGGGAGACCAGGUCCCGUGGGUCCUCCGGGGCCUCCAGGGCCUCCAGGACCCCCUGGAUCACCCUCAAGAUACAAUUCAGCUCUGACCAUCGCUGGCCCCCCUGGACCUCCUGGACCACCUGGACCUCCUGGAUCUUCGGGUAACACAGCAUCUCUGAAAACAUUUUCGACCCGUGAAAGUAUGAUGCAGCACACCGUCAGGGACGCAGAGGGAACUCUGGCGUACGUCACUGCAACAGGAAGUCUUUUCCUCAAAGUUUCCCAGGGAUGGAAAGAAAUACAGCUUGGGAGUCUGAUCUACCUCUCCAAUAAUAUCAUACCACAAGAUGAGCCUCGAGUUGCAUAUCAGAUUAGAGGAGACACGAUGGAAAGAAUAACUUCAGUUAAACAGAGGCUCAAUCUGGUAGCCUUGAACCAGCCCCACUCAGGGAACAUGAUGGGGCUCAACAUGGCGGACCGGAUGUGUUACGAACAGGCCAAGGCGAUGGGCUUGGCUCCAAACUACCGUGCCUUCAUUUCAUCCCACAGGCAAGACCUGGUCCAUGUGGUCUACCCUGGUUUCCGUGAAAAUCUGCCAGUUACCAACCUCAGGGGAGAUGUGAUGUUUAGGAACUGGCGGUCAAUUUUCAACGGUGACGGGGGCCCAAUUAAUCCCAGGAUACCCAUCUACUCCUUUGAUGGCCGGGAUGUUUUAGCAGACCCCUUCUGGCCUCAGAAGAACAUCUGGCACGGCUCCAAUAGCAGGGGUCUCCGAGUGGUGGACAAACACUGUGAGAUGUGGCGAGCCGACCACAUGUCUGUUGUGGGACAGUCAUCCAGCCUGACCUCAGGUUUGCUCCUGGGCCAGCAGAUGCGAAGCUGUUCCAAUGAGUACAUCGUCCUUUGCAUCGAGACCCACAAAAACCCUUAAGUCCCAAUCCCACCCUCCACACCCCUUACCACUCCACCAAGGAACCCAUCCCAGCCACCGUAAAAGUUAAACAUUCGGGGAAAAGUUUUGUCUUUCUUUGGAAAGAACGCCAUUUCCAGCACAUCAUUGGUGCUAUGUGUAGCAUUUUGUGGUUUUAAAAACAGGACCACAUUUGAAACCCUUUCUUUUGCUAAGAGGAUGUUUUCUCCUCCUGACAUCACUCUGCGUUCUUUCUGAGGAGUGAGCAGAUUAAGAGGCAGUGACAAACUCUUGGCAAAGAUGUAUUCUGGAAAGGUAAGCUAAAGUGAAGUUGAUGCUACACUGUGGAAAGGGAAUCAUUUUGUGGAUUGCUUGCAAAGCAAAUUUUGUGCCAUAAAGGAAGCGUCCUUUUGUGUCGUAAAGCAAUAUGAUAGAUUUCCCAUUAUCUCCAGUGUUGUGGCACAUAAUGUAAAGGUAUUAAUUCAUGGCAGUAAUACUCUCCUCUCAAAGUGAAUGUGGUAAUGACUUAUCAAUGUUAAGAUAAUACACGCAGCACCUUUAACCUUUCUUUAAAAAAAAAAAGAAGUUGACUUCACAUAGUCACCCAGGGUUGUUGAGGAUAGGACGUCUCUUUUACAGUUGUCUUUUCUUUCGUCAAAAGACUGAACGUAGAGACUGGAGAGACGUUGCUACAGGAAUCUGCGCCUGUCCUGAAAUGUUUUUUUGUUUUUUUACAAAUGAUAGAUUUCCAAAGACUUUUGUGAUGGAAGCGCAAAAGGCUACUUUCAUUGUUAUGUUUACAGGUUGUCAUGGAACUUUUUAAGAAACAUUUUUAUGAAUUUCAGGAAAAGUUUACUCAAGAUUUCAAGGGCGAGAACUUUCCACAAUUUAUAGUGUUCCUCGUCCAACAACAGGAUGACCAGACAACCAGUGUUGCCACCAAAGUAAUUUUUGAUGCACUGUACUUCGUUUUUUAAAAAUAUUUUUUAGUUCAACAUUUUCAUCCUUGAAUGUGUUUGUGUUGUAGCUUUCCAUACCCCUUGAUGAUCUCACUCCUUAGCAGCUCUUUCUCUUAAUAGGCUAUUUAAUUUAAAUUCAAUGAUUUAUUUAUACCGUCACAGCACAUAACAUGAAAUCAAAUGAUUAAAUUUAAGAAUGUAAUUUAUCGUUCGUUGUUUGUCAGAUGACUGUUUCCUCUCACUUUUUUGCCUUUCUUCUGUUUUUUUUUUGUUGUUUAUAGAUGUCUGGAUUAAAAACAAAAUUCCACCUUGUUUAGGCAAACAAUUGAAACAAGUAAAAUAUUUUCAUGUUGAAAAACAAUUUCCUAAAGAAAUUUCAUGGGCAGAAGUGAGAAUACAUGUUUUUGU